AGGAGAAAGGAAUCCUUUUUGAAGAAGAUUGUAAUUUGGUUUGUGCCAUGAGUACAACACAAUGCAGUUCUAUGACAGAUGAAACAAAGCAAUAUUUGAAACCAUCCAAUGAAGAAUGCCUUUACCCAGGAAUAACUACAUUAAGAAACGGUAUACAUUAUGAACUUUGAACACCGAUGGAACUGUACAUAUCAUAGUCAGAUGUAUCUCAGGAAGUGACAAGGUAAGUUUUUUAAAAAUGGUUGGAGGACAGCAACUGGAAAUGUGUGAUAUUCAGACAUCUGCAUUACAACUUCAGCCACCGGUGCAAUCUGCAGAAAUAAGUGAUAAUCAAUAUGAGUGCCACGAAUGUGGCAAAGUAUUCAAAUGGUCUUCUAGGUUGAUCCAUCACCAAAGAACUCAUACUGGUGAACGACCUUACAAAUGCUCUGAAUGCCCAAAGGCAUUCAAAGGCUCUUCUGCACUACUUUAUCAUCAAAGAAGCCAUACAGGGGAACGUCCUUAUAAAUGUACAGACUGCGAUAAAGCUUUUAAACGCUCUUCACUUUUGCAGAUCCACCAGAGUGUUCACACAGGAUUAAAGUCCUUUAAGUGUAACAUUUGUGGAAUGUCUUUUAAAUGGUCCUCCCAUUACCAGUACCAUGUAAGGCAGCAUACAGGAGAGAGACCAUAUAAAUGCAAUGUCUGUGAUAAGGCUUUUAAGAAUUCAUCUAGUUUAAGACGACAUAAAAAUAUUCAUACAGGAGAAAGACCUUAUGUUUGCAAUGUGUGUGGAAAAGCUUUCACACAGUCUACUAAUUUGAGGCAACACCAGCGCAUUCACACUGGGGAACGUCCAUACAAGUGUAAUGAAUGUUCCAAAUCUUUUACACAUUCUUCCAACCUUUUGCUCCACCAACGCACGCAUAGUGGAAAGUAUACACAUAAAUGUGACUUGUGUAGUAAAGUUUUUAUUUCAGAUUCUUUUUUGCAAAAGCAUAUGCAAUCUCAUACUAUUGAGCAAGCAUUUGUACAAUCCGAUUCGGAAGUAUUCUUGACUACUGCAGCAGCAAUGGAGACUGUGGAAAUGCUUUUUAAAUGUGCAGUCUGUGAUCUGACAUUUAAAAAUGAAGAUUUGCUUGUGAGUCACCAACAAAGUCACGUGGAAGAGCAGACAUAUUCUUGUACAACAUGUGAUAAAAUAUUCAAAAAUUCCUCAGCAUUUUCUCGCCAUCAUCAUUGUCAGGCCAGUGAAAGACCUUACAAGUGUUCGGUUUGCGAGAAAACCUUUGUACAACUACCCAAUCUGCUUGUACACCAAAGAACCCAUACAGAAGAGCAACAACUAAUUCAAACUGAAGCUGAAGUCACAUGUCCGCAGUCAACUGAGGUAGUUCAGCCUUCCAGUGUUACAGGUACAGCAGAGGUGGUUGAUCGCCCGUACAAAUGUACAGAGUGUGGUAAAGCUUUUAAAGGAUCUUCAGGACUUCGUUAUCAUAUGAGGGACCAUACUGGAGAACGACCAUACAAAUGUUCAGAGUGUGGUAAAGCUUUUAAACGCUCCUCAUUGUUAUCUAUUCAUCAACGGGUGCAUACUGGUUUGAGAGCAUUCAAGUGUGCAGAAUGUGGCUUAACUUUUAAAUGGUCCUCCCACUAUCAGUACCACCUCAGACUACAUACAGGUGAGCGACCCUAUAGUUGCACCGACUGUGGCAAAUCAUUCAAGAACACAUCCUGUCUUCGUCGACAUCGUCAGCUACACACUGGUGAGCGCCCAUUUGCUUGUUUAAUGUGCGGCAAAACAUUUACUCAGACAUCCAAUCUGCGUCAGCAUGAAAGGACACACACUGGGGAAAGGCCCUACAAGUGUGAAAAAUGUGACAAGACUUUUACUCAUUCUUCCAACUUACAAUUGCACCAGCGCACACACUCCACUGAUAGACCCUUUAAGUGUUCUAUUUGCGACAAAGGGUUUGUUAUGUCCUCUUACCUGCAACGACAUUUACGCACUCAUGUAGUUGCAAGCACAACCAGGUUACAUACUUUACAUGAGUCCCAGGAAAUAAAAAUUACCCCGAACUCUGAAGGAGUGCAGUAUAUACCUACUAUACCAGCUCAACUAAAUCUUGAAAUUGGAAACCAACCUAGACCAUCUGCUUCACAAACUUUUUUCUUGGUGCAAGCAAUGCAGCAUAACACACCCAGAUUUAUAUUGUUGCCCAGCUGUCAGCUAUUGCAGUCUGAGCAAAACACUCCCAUAGUCUCAGAUACUUCCAAUCUGAUUGUGUUGCCAAAUAAUGCACAGCAGCCAUGUAAACGUAACUUGCCCAAGUUGAAAAAAGCUUCUGCGCCUAGUAGCUUUGAUAUUAAGCAGAAUGUCCUGGUUUUCCCAAAUGCUCAGCCUCUUCAAAACAUUCAAGUUCAGACUAGCCAGGGAUCUCCUAAAGCGCAGACUAUAUCCCUUGGGCAAAAUGUUAUUGUACUGCAGAAUGUCAUUGGUCAGAGUCCUCAACUAUUCUCAGCAGCACAGAUAACCAACAGUUCUGCCUCGGAGAAGAUCUCAAGCAUACAGACCCUAUCAUUACCUAGUACAAGAGACCCAACUAGUGACAGUCCUCAAAUCUUAUGUCGCUCUCAGGAAAAUUCAAAUAUUCAACUCCAAGCUGCAUCAUCUUUGCAAGAUAUAUCCACUACACAUGCAUUAACUACCCCCCAAGAUAUUCCAACUAUACGACUCCAAACAAUAUCUAGUACACAAGGAGGCAUUCAGGUACAAACAAUACCAGAAACAGAAAGUGGAAACGAGAGACAAAAAUUGAUUGUAGUGCAGAAUUCUUCAGGGGAACAGCUACUUAGCCCUGCAGUUAACUUGCAGUCCAUUGAAGAAACACAAGAUGUUCGAUUUGAAGCACUUCAAGCUGAAGAGGGUCUGCAGAAUGUACUUAUACUACAAAAUGCCGACGGAGAGCAGACACGGCUUUGUGUACAAGAAAUGGAAAAUAUUCAAAGAAUGCAAGAUAUACAUAAUAUCCAAAUCCAUCCCAUGACUCAUUUACAAGAGUCAACUACUAGUGUCCCAGGGGGUCAAAAAGUAUUUAUUAUUCAGAGCUCUGCAGGGGAGCAAACGUUAGAAGUAAUGGACAAUUUUAGUGGUGCUCAAAAUAUGCAGAUUCUAGAUAACAUACAGGGGUUGCCAGGUGGGCAAAACACAAAUAUGGUACCAGCUAACUCAAACCAUAACACUGUGCGCCUGUUGCAAAACGUUCAUUUGAGUUCACCAUCAAAUGGGCAAGGAUGUCAAACCAUUGAAAACUUGCAUAAUUUACAGAACAUACAAUCAACAUGUGCUGAAACACAAAACAUACAAACUUUACAGAUAGUACAAAAGAAUCCAGAAUCAGAAUUACAGCAAAGUCUGUCCUCUAUUCAAUUUCUGCAAACUGUGUCUAAAGUACAACUUGUUCACACAUUCUAAUUACAGGGCCAUUUCAAUACAGUAGUGGUUUUGGUUCAAGGAAGCCAUGAGUAAAGUACCUCAUUUUUGUCUGUUUGAAAAAAGUUUGACAAAAACUGCAGAAUUUUCUGGCACCCUAAGCAAACCCUCAGAAUGAAGCCAUUCUAUUCCUCAUUAUCGCAAUUUCUCCAUGCUGCAUGACCAUAUCCUUCAUACAUAUAUGUUGAUAGUUAUUGACAAUGAGGUUGCAAGAUGGGCAUAGUAUGCCAGAAUAUUCACUGUUUUUUGUCCAACCACUUAAACAGUUUGAUAAAAUUGAGGGCUUUCUAUUCUCCUGCCAGUUUAAAUACUCCAAAAAGCUAUCGCUCUUUUCAUGCUUGGUGAAAUCCCUUAUCGUUCGGGGGUGCAUGCAAUGGUAGUUGGUUAUAGAUGGCAAUAGGGUUGCCUUUAACACACUUCUUCCUCUGGCAUUAUGGAUGCUGGGUAGUAGAAUGGCAGUAUUUAAGAAUAUGCAACCGCAAUUUAAAAAAAAUCAAUAAAAAAAAUCAAGAGACUGAGGACAGUGAUCAUGGCUAUAUUAAAAUAUUUACAACUAAUUGUCAUUUAAUUACAAAAUGUAAUAAAACAAUUUCAAGCAGCCUGUAAAUGCCAGUUCAUUUAAGCUGCUCAUUCACUUUGGUGAAGUUAAUGAAAUGCAUCUUGAUGCAAAGAGCACCCAUAUAAAACAGCAGUUCUGAACAACAGCACAUAUUAU